AUGAUGGUCAGCGACGUGGAAGGCUUUCGGAAGAGCCAUAGUGCCUAUUUCAGCGCCGCAGAGGACACGCGGGAUGGAUCUUUCGUCGCCGACACGAAAAACAACCUCGACGACGGUAUCAAACAACCCGGCGUCUUUCGGCACUCUAAUUUCCUCCGCGGCUCCCGAAUCUCCGCCGCGGGAUCGAUAACGGUCAAAGAUGGCCAUUUGCGCAUUCUGCAGCCGAGGUUGGGCCAUUAUAGGACGCCGAGUCAUAGUUUGAGAAAUUUUAUCAAGAGCUUGCAGGGGAGAAGGGUGGAUAUGUCGAUGACUGCUGUUGGUCGGAGUUAUGCGGCUAUGGUAGGGAUUGAGACGUAUAUGAAGACGAAGGGUAGGCUGAAAGGACUUAAGAAAGGGUUCCAGGGGUUGAGUUUUACGAAGGAUGGGGGAGAGAAGAGAGAGAAGAGGGGGUAG